AUGACUGACCACGACUCUGCCUCUGAAUCUGACACCAGGAAGCAGCCUCCGUUGAGUCAGGAGGAGGUGACAAUCCUAGAGUCCUACAUUGAGCAAUGGGACUCAGCUGAGCCAUCGGAACGAAAGAGGGUCUCCAAAGCAGCUGCAACCGAGGCUCGGACGAAGGCUCCAGUGAUGUCUAUAAGACUACUGAAGGAUCGGAAAGUGGCCUACGAGGCAUGGUUCCGAAGCCAAGGGACAAAGAGGAAGCCAUCGAAACCUCCUAUCAAGAUAGGGCAGAAAUGGACUGAACGAAGUGUGGUAGACACGCUCCGGAAAAAGGAACUGUUGGAAAAAAUUCAGGACGAGACUGGAGCCAAGCCUGGUACAAAAGAGAUGAUCAACCACUACACCAAGCAGCUUAACCAGCUCAUUGCAUCCUUGUCACCGGAUGAGCUCCAAGAAGCCAAAGAGACGGCUGAAUUAUGGAACCGUCAAGGUGUUCCGGACGACGUCAAGGCCGACAUUGCUAGGAAAAAAGGCGAUGAUAUGAUUCAUCAUUUCGCAACCGAGAUGUGGAACCGUGCGGGAAUGAGGGUCUUCAUUGUAUCUGCCUGGAAAAAUGAGGAGGGUAAGAUCCAUGUCGCCGGUCACGACUAUAACAAUGAAUAUGGCGGUGCAGACUCUUUCAUGAAGACUCAUAACUGGGAUACCAUUUUGCCGGAAUGGGAUUCCUAUGCCGAGAGCGCAUUCGACGGUAACUUGGACGGAGAUGCUGUUGUCACCAGGAAGAAGGGUCGACAGGACAAGACUUAUAUUCUUCAGCUGGGCGAUGACGGAUAUCCCGUGCUCCCUGCAUGCGAUUCUGUGGAUCUAGAUACGAACGGGAAAUGUUGUGGAGAUCCAAAAAUUGCCAUUCCAUGGAAGUAUGUGAUACCCAGAUACACCGAGAUCAUACCUGCGGAAUGUCUUCCCGAAGGCCACAGUCUUGCAGAGCCAUCGAAGCUAAAGCAGGUUCAUGCCACUCAGCUGCUACAAUUCUGGUACAACCGACAAGAGGAUGGCGAAGCGCACGUAUUGGAAUUCAUUGGUUGGUGGGAUAAUGAUAAGGAGGAUAUGGUGCUGGCAGCCGACAUUGAUGUACCAGUGAGGAAGCCAACAGCAACAACCCGACAACCCAAGCAGAGGUCGCAGUCCCGGAACCGGAUCCGGGAGCAACCUGAACAGCAGUCUACCAAAGAAAUAUCAGCAUCGCGUCCAACUACCAAGAAAACGCAGAGUUCCAAAACAACUCAAAGAAAGGGAGCUAGCUUGCCGCAUCGUUCACGGAAGGGUAGAGGACCUGAGUCAUCUGCUGAUGAAGUCAACGACCAACCGAUCACCACUGCUGAGUCUGUUGACGGAUUGGACGACUCCGAGGAUGAGAUUCCGAGUCAGCACAAAGCGACCAAGUCUACAGGGAAGAGCAGGCGCCGGGUAUCCAUGAGUAGCAGCAACGACACAAGCAGCGAUGAUGAGCAACCCGGAAAGUUUGUCGACACCGGCAAAAGAACCAAUAAGGAUGUUCCUGCAUCUCCUAGCACGCCCGCUACAGUAAAUAUCCGGCCCAACAAGAUGAGGACAGCGGUAGAACGCCCGCAGAAUGCUGUCCGCAAGCGUGGCAGGAAAGGCGUCGGGCUUGAAUCUUCUGCAACAGCCGCAGAACGCACAGCCAGUGCACCCGGGGUACAGGUCAAACGGCCUGCACAGGUGGUCAAUACUGCUGAUGUUAUCCCAGCAAAAACCCGAGUUCACAAAAGGACUGCCGAAGAAUCAUUGGAAAGGUCUCCCACAAAACGGACGAGGCGUCAAGCGGCAAUGGAACAGGACAAGGGAAUUGCGAGACAGGCUGGUAAAAUGGCAGGGAAGAAACAAGUUACUGAACAGGCUACCGAUGGGUCUCCCUCGAAACGGACCAGGAGCAAAACGUCACAAACCGGUGCGGGUAAACGUGCCCGGAAGCCCAACUCUCGGUACAACGAUUAUGUAAAACCUUGA